AUGUUUUGGAAUGAAUACUACUGGCUUCCACAAGGUUUCUCCUGGAAUGACCUUAAAUCCAAUCAUACCGUUCAUUAUCCGGAUAUUUGGGAACUAACUUAUGCCAUGAAGUACAGCGUGUUACUGUUGUUACUUAGAUUUGCUGUUGAAUGCUUCAUAUUUUUGCCGAUGGGUUAUUUAUUUGGUAUGGUUAAAGGGCCGUUGGGAUUACGCAUCAAAGCGCAUCUGAAUUUCCGUCAAACUGGUAAAGGAAAAUUCAAGCGGGUAUCAGAAUCUGCGUGGCGAUUUAUGUUUUACUUAUGUAUUUGGUUAUACGGUCUUUAUGUUUUAUCUGACCAACCUCAGUUGUAUGAUGUUGCGGAAUGUUGGCGGCAUUGGCCUCGUCAUCCGCUGACUAAUGGCAUCUGGUGGUAUUACGUGAUCGAAACAUCAUUUUAUUGCUCACUUAUUGUCAGUUCAUUGUUAUUUGACAUUCGGCGGGCUGAUUUUAUUCAGAUGAUAUUUCAUCAUGUAAUCACUGUUCUACUUCUCCUGCUAAGUUUUGUGACGAAUAUGGUUCGAAUUGGGACACUGAUUCUUUUUAGCCAUGACAUAGCUGAUGUUUUCCUCGAACUAGGCAAACUAUGUCGAUAUGCUGGUUGGAAAACGGUUUUAACAUGCGUUUUUAUAAUAUUCAUGAUAGUAUGGGUUGUCACGCGACUCAUUUACUUUCCAUUUUUCAUUAUUUGGUCGAUAUUGUUUGAUGCUCCUGUUUUAAUGCAAGCAGAUUAUCGGUGGGAGAAUAUACGGCAACCUCCAAUAAUGCCACGAUUAUUCGCUGUAAUGUUACUUUCUUUACUGAUUUUACAUAUUUAUUGGACAUUUAUAAUCAUAAAAAUAGCGCUUAAGUCAGUAAAAGGCAAUAUUGAUGAUAUCAGGGAGGAAUCAGAUAAUGAAAUAUCUUCUGCAUCAUCACCUGAAAAUAUCGAUGCAGUCAUGAAGAAUAAUAUGAAAAAGAGGAAAAAAGUAGAAUAA